GGGAGUCAUUGCUCGUCUGCCUUCCGCAGCUCCACUUCCCUCGCGCACCUCAGCUUGCUGCAAUGGCGUUGAAGCCGGUCCUGCGCGAGUAUUUGCCGGAGAAAUGAAGGAAUCGGAGCAGGGAAAAUGGCUGAAAUCGACGACCAGAGGGCGCGCGACGCUCGCCGGAGCUCAAUCGGACGUUGCGUCGCUUCCGGCAUCUCCGUCUUCCUCACUCAGUUCACCCUCGCUCUGAUUCCUCACUUCUUCCACGCCUCUCCGCUCCUCAUCCAGCUCACCCUCUCAGCUCUGGUGCUCGUGGUGGUUGUGGGGUUAGGAGGGAGGUGCAGGCGAGUUCUCGGGGUCUAUGCAUCGGCCCCUGCCUUCGUUGUUAUGAGCAUCGUAUACAUCUGGGCUGUCUACGUCACCGUCAUCAGAGAAGCGGUUCCACUGUUGAUGGAUAUUUUGUUCCAUGGAGAGGUUGCCAUGCUUAUAAUUGGUCUUUGCAGUAUUUUUAAAAGAGAUCCUGGUCGUGUAACUCCUGGACCUUCCUUAUCAAGUGAACUUUGUGAUGGAUCCAUCUCUGAAGUCAGUGAGACUAGCUCUUUGAUGGGAAGAGUAAGAUAUUGUAGAAUUUGCGAGGCCUAUAUCAAAGGGUUUGACCACCAUUGCCCUGCGUUUGGAAAUUGUAUAGGUAAUGGUCAGAAUAACUAUUUCCUUUUCAUGGCUCUUUUGGCUGGAUUUCUUAUCACCGAGUCUUCUUUUGUAGCCAGCUCAUCUAAGUUUGCUUCUAAAUCUUCAAUUCCGUACCAAACUAGAUUGGAGAGUAAUAUGGAGGCAGACUUGGUCAUUGGUGGAUUGCUGUUUUCUCUGCUCCAAUUGAUAUGGCAGGGUAUAUUCUUAAUGUGGCAUAUAUACUGCAUAUGUUUCAACAUUAGAACUGAUGAGUGGAUAAACUGGAAGAAGUAUCCAGAGUUUCAACAACAAGUUAAAUCUGAACAAGGGCAAAGUUCUACUAACUUGGCGUUCCGGAACCCAUAUGAUAAGGGCAUCCUGGGGAACAUUAGAGAGUUCCUAUCAUAAAAACAACAGAUAACCUAUGCUUCUCCUGACGAUGGAAGCACAGCAACGCACAGUCACAGUGAGCACCCCAUUCUCCAUACUUGCCUUGAUCUGGUCCAUCUUUGCAUUCUCUGGGAGGCGGAACCGCCUCAUGAACUUCCCACUGCUCCUCUCAACCCGGUGCCACUUAUCAUUCUUCUCCUCCUUCUCCUUGCUUCUCUCCCCACUGAUCUGAAGGAUUCUCCCCUCUUCCACCUCAACUUUCACUUCCUCCUUCUUCAGCCCCGGAACAUCCACUUUGAACACGUGGGCCUCUGGAGUUUCUUUCCAGUCAAUUCGUGCAUUCGCGAAUGCUGAAGUUUCGCGAGCCGAGGCAGGCACAUUAGUGAGCGAGGAGGUGAAGAGGCCAUCGAGAGGGUCCCAAAUGUCUAGAGAGAAUGGGUCGAAGACGUCGGUUCGGCGGCCUCCAAAGAUGCUGGGAAUGAGCGACAUUGUGAUCACUGAUCAGAGAAUUCUGGAAAACUGAGAUGAUUCUGCAAUGUAUGAAUGGACGUUGUCGGAUGAUUCUGGUGAGAGCUGAGCAAGGACGUGUGGUGUUUAUAUAGAGCUUGCACGAGCAUUCUGGGUCUUGUUCGAAAGAGGAAAAGAGACAUUGGAGAACUCUAGCGUCUUCAAGUCGCUUGUUCUCUCACCUAGUCAAAAGAUAAAGUAGUGCUAAUUAUGGACCCUCAGACUCUCAAACCUUCCACCAUAUUCGCGAUGCAUCUUUCUUUUCCUUAGUACUGAUCCAGAUCGAGUGGAACAUUCUGCACUGGACCUGGACAAAUACUCCUAUUUACUUUGUGGCUUAUAUAUUAAUUAUUUACUUACUGCA